AUGUCUCUCGUCAGCGGCGAGAAGUCGAACUUCCAAUACAUUCUUCGUCUGCUGAACACAAAUAUCGAUGGCAAGACAAAAGUAAUGUUCGCGUUGACCAAGAUCAAGGGAGUGGGACGCCGUUACUCCAACUUGGUCUGCAAGAAGGCGGAUGUUGAUCUCAACAAACGCGCUGGUGAACUCACUUCGGAAGAGCUCGAGCGAAUUGUCACUAUCAUCCAGAACCCUACGCAAUACAAGAUCCCCACCUGGUUCCUCAAUCGUCAACGCGAUAUCGUCGAUGGCAAAGAUAGCCAAAUUCUCGCCAACGGUGUCGACUCCAAGCUCCGUGAGGAUCUGGAACGCCUAAAGAAGAUCCGUGCUCAUCGUGGUCUUCGUCACUACUGGGGCCUUCGUGUUCGUGGACAGCACUCCAAGACGACCGGACGAAGAGGCCGGACCGUCGGUGUCUCCAAGAAGAAGGGUGGUUAA